AAUCAGUGGACCUUUACAUAUAUAACUACAUACGUGAAAAUUGUUAGGAUAUAGUUUAGUGUGAAAAACAUAAGCUUGUUUUAAAAAAAAUGUCGCACACAGUUACCCGUGUCUUACUUAUCAUCCUUUGUUUAACGUAUGUUACAAAUGGAUGUAGGUGUUCUCCUCAACAUCCACAAAGAAGAUUUUGCCAUGAAAAUGCUGUAGUGUUUGUUGGGAAGGUAACAAAAGAAGAACUUCCUAAGCUAACAGAAAGCAGGCAUAUUAAAUAUCACUUAAAGUUACUGACUUCAUUAAAGGGAAUUAAUGGACCAGUUGGGUCAUCAAUCGUUAUACAGACACAACUGGAUUCUUCAGCAUGUGGUAUUAGACUGACCGUAGGCGAUAAAUUUUUAUUGUCAGGUAUGAGAUCAAGCAAGAAAGACCCGAUACGUAUUGGUUCAUGUAGUGGUUUCAUUUUUGAUGCCACUCAACUUACCUUUGAGCAGAUGAUUUACUUCUUCAGUAGUGGUCCUGAUUCAUACAUACGGAACUGUGACUGUCAAACAAUUAUAGAUCCUAUACACGAACCAGGACGAUUUGACCCAAGAAAAGGCUGUAAGAUUCCACCAGAAUUUGGAUUAUGUAAAAGAGAAUACGGAAUUUGUAGGUGGAAAAAUCGAUUGUAAAAAUGCAUAA